AUGGCUCUAGAUCAUAUCGGACUCAGUGUGACCGAUUACGAUGCUGCUCUCGGUUUCUAUCAAACCAUCCUAGCACCCUUGGGAAACAAGAGAAUCAUGAGCGUCGAGAGUGAGCACGGGAGAGGAACGGGCUUCGGAAAGCAUGGACCUAGCUUUUGGAUCCAUGGGCCGCCUUCUGGCAAGACCUCGUCAAAAUCGAGCAUGCCAAUGCACGUGGCAUUUGCUGCUUCCAGCCGUAAGGACGUCGAUCGUUUCUACGAUGCUGCCAUAGCGGCAGGAGGAAUAGACAAUGGCAAACCGGGGCUGAGAGAGUAUCAUCCCUUCUAUUACGCGGCUUAUGUGAAGGACAUGGACGGGAACAACAUUGAAGCGGUGAAUCACUUUGAGUGGAGCUCUUGGAAAGUCUGGGCGCCUAUCACAAUGAUGAUAGCAGUGUUUGCCCAUUUCUACAUGAAGCAUUGA